CUACGCCCCCUCUAUCGAGCUGUCGUCCGUUUGAAUGCUACGCGUGAUGGAAUGCGUUUUAGUUUGGUUACAAAAAAUAUUUCUCUUUGCAUGAUCUGACAGCUUAGUUGCGUGACCAGCUUCCCGGAUAGCAGAAUUCACACGGUAACAUCGCAAAAGCGAUGUCAAAUACUUGUAUGGAACAAUAUGUUUGUUUCCUUUUUAACAAUUCCAGCAUUAUCUCUGAUCAAGCAGUGUGUUGAUAGCUGCAACAAUCGCAAAUCGCGCUACGCACGACAGGGUCAAUUGGCGACAACACGACACGAAGCUCACCAAAAACAGACUUCAGAUAUACAUAGAGUAAACAAACUGUUUGCCCUGGCAAUUCAAUAAAUGUCCUUUUGCGGCGAAGAUCAAAAAGCUUAAUCCUUUUACCGUAAACGCAAAACAGGCCCAUUCCGUAGACCGAUACAUUGUAGAAAUAGCAAAGAUAAAGGCACUAAUUGGUGUUAUUUCAUAUGCGCGACGGUUUGGUUAUCUUUGCUCUGCUAGCCAAUGAUAUGUGAAUCCCGGGUUAAAGGGGCUGUGUGUUCCACGGAACCUUGCAGUUCUAUCAAACAAAAUGGAGGGUGCACUUAGGAGAGGGGAGGGAUCAUAAAGGUUUGUCACGCUAAUAUCGGGGAACAUUCUCGAUAGAGCGACCUACAUAAAAAGCCUAAAUGGAGCCUUUUGAAAUGACAUGAAAAAAUUGCAAAAAUGUAAGCACGCAAUUGGUCCAUCGUUUCUUUUUUUACCGUGACCUGUCUAAUGUGACCUAUCUAAUACCUUUUGAUAUUGCACCACGAGAGGGGAAUAUCACCCGUAUUUAUCAUAAAUGUUCACUCACGCUCCGAGUACUUUGAAUUCAGAGUUCGAAUUUCUUGCAUUGAGUGUCCUUUCAAGUGCUAAUGGCAUACUUUAGUCUCGCGAUCUUGCGAUUUGCUUGAGGUCGAGCCAUGUGACACUUAGGUGAGGUCAGCGGGGUGGCGACAGCUCGAGUGUCACUAGGAUAGCGGGGCGUUAAGACUAGGGGGAGGCGUCUUGUUGGGGUGCGAACCGCCCCAUUCGGGACACAGAGGACUACAUCGCGAAGGAGUUACAUGCUGUUUUGAAUCCGAGAACUGGGUACAAAGUUUGAACAAGAUUCGAUUCGCUAACAAAAAGGAACCAUGCUCAAGUGCCUUCUAGUACUGUCGUUCUCCUUGGCUUUCAUCUCGCUCGCGCUCGCGCAAGAAUGUAAAGACAUAUCGCGCUGGUGCAAGCCAUACAUCAAGCUAUGGAAGCGGUAUCACCUAAGCAAAACACAAACAUGUGCGUUCCCAUUCGCGAGGGACUUUUGCAAUAAAACAUGCGGCAUUUGUGAGGGAUUGAUCGAAUGCAACGACACUCCAUAUGGAUGCUGCUGGGACGAGGUUACGCCAAGAGGACCAAACGGCGAGUGCCCAAUGUGCCGGAAUGUGUAUUUAAGGUUUUGUCCGCGCUUUCGCCACAUAUGCGAUCGAAGGAGAGUGCCCGGUAUAUAUGGCCUGGGAGCGAGGUUCCGCCGCAUAUGCCCGGUCACGUGUAAGAUGUGCGAGCAAGGCACGACCAUUUUUAAACGCAAGUUCCGCGCCGGCAGGAAAGACAGAAGGUCCGGCAAGGCGAGGAAGCACUGAGCGUCACACCGAGCGUGCAAUGUAUUCACUUUGGGUGAUACACUUUGGCGCGAGUCCGGGAAAACAAGAUUUUAGGGGUUACUAAUAUUUUUCUUAUGAAUACUGUCAUUGUGUGAUAGAAAAGGGAGUUUUUUUUUUUUAAUCUAUUGUUAAUAAAGAAGAAUGGUUUGCAAAGAAACCGAUAAAUAAGAUGACGAAAAGAGAAGAUCAAAAACAUAUGUUUUCUCCUAAAAUAGGAAAAAAAAACAUGAAAUGUGCCGUACUCAUGAGGACAAGUGCGAAUAUGUAUAUUGAUAAAUACGAUAUUUUGAAAACAUUAUUAAAAUUAUAAUUGUUGAGUGCAA